UUAGAAAAUAAACAAAGUUUUUAUUUAUUUCGUUUAAUUUGUUUACAAAAUGUAAUUAUUAUGGUUCAUUUUUAUUUGAGAGUUUCGGUUUUUUUAUUAGGCGUGCUAAUAGGUAUAUUCUUAGCGAAAUACCCCAUAAAUGUAGUUAAUAAUAAUGAAAAUGUUUCAACAAAUCCGUCCUACGAUAAGUGGUUACUAGAGAAUAAAAUUAAAAGAAACAAUGUGAUAUGGGAUAGAUUGCGUUAUGGCGAAAACGUAAAGUCUGUGAUAGAGUCCGAUUUCCUUUUUAAAAAAGUGCCGGUAACCUGUUUGAUCAUCUUGAAAAACUACAAAAAUGAAGAGCCUAUUCGUAACACUUGGGCAAAGGGUUGCAACGAAUUAAAAUUCAUUAAAAUUCCCCAAACUCGAUCGGCUCCGUUUAAAAGCAGACAGGAGAGAUCGUCAUGGAUGUUACUGUGCAAUCAACUUCAAGAUUUGAGUAUCACCGAUUGGGUUUUCAUAGUGAAUGAUUAUAGCUUUGUUAUUAUGGAAAAUCUGAGGUAUUAUGUAGCCCCGCUUGACCCGAAUGAUAAGCACUAUUUGGGACAUGCAGUUGAGUUUUGGACAACACAAUUCAAUUCGAAGAACGGUGGAAUUUUACUUAGCCGAGGUUCUAUAGAAGUUAUUAAAAGUCGUACUACUAAAGCGAAUUGUUCUUCGAUCUCUUAUUUGAAUCGAGAGGAUUUUUAUCUAGGGAAAACAAUGGCAACACUGGGCAUAUCACCCAACGAUACUAGGGAUAACACCGGAUUAUCGAGAUUUCUUCCGUUUAAUUUAAAUUCUUUGCUUUUCAACAAUGAAAAUCAUUUGUAUAAAAAUGCGUUUCCAUUUAAGUGCUGCAGCAAAAACUCGAUUACUUUUCAGGCUCUAGACGGCGAUAAAAUGUAUUUGUAUUAUUACCUGCUUUAUACAAUGCAAGUAUUCCAUUAUGGACAAUACGGAAACAAACCUAAUUCGCAAGAUCGUGAUGAUGAGAUAUGGAAACGAUUUUUGAGAGAACGAAAUAUUUUCAACGACAACAUAUCUAGUGAAGAAUACUUCAGAGUUUGGGUGAAAUAUAUUGACAAUCCUUCUACGUUUGCUGCAAAGUUGCAGGAAGAAUUAUCGAAUAACAUUGAGCUAUAAAUGGUUUACUUAUAGGUAUUAUUUAUUUUUUUAUACGGUUACAGGUUUAAUAUUUUUGUAUUAAAGAAUUUACUGAAAAAUACACUUCCA